AUCGAGCAGCGAUGGGGAUGCUCUCGUUACAGCAAAUAAGGGAAACUAGCCUUGAAAUUGAAGCAGAAAACAAGUGAAUCAGACACAAGUACCGGUAACAAUGAAUUUUAUAAAUCAACUAUUGCUUUGAUUUGUUUAAUCUCUCCAAAACACAAAAAUAUGGAGUAGUAUUAAUACUUUAUUUCUCCAAUGUUUUUAUAUUUUAGGUAAAUGAUAAUUAUGAAAUUUUAGCGUAGAGACGAGUAUAGAAUGUGGGUCUGUUUUUUCGUAUGUUAAAUUUGUUUUUGUCCGUUCCAGAAUAAAACUCCCAUAGAUUUUGAGUUAAGGUUUAUGCAGCGUGGUUUCUGGGUUUUCUUUCGAGCUGGUUUGGACAAUUUUGACUGCAUGGAUACUGAAAUCUAACUAAAAGAAUCUCUUGCUUUUGGGGGUUCUCUUAUUUCUCCAGGUGAGUGUGUAUAAGCGUUUGUUUUGCACUUCGAUUUCAAAAUUUUCCGCAUUUUAUUUGAUUCUCACCGGCUUAUGAUAUUGGGGGAGCCUGAAAAAUUGAAUCUUUAUUGCACUUCUUUAACCGAUAUAUUGCUGAAUCUGAUGGGCUCUGCAAAUUCCUUUUUCUUGAAUAGAUUGAGUGAUGCAUUUCAUGCAUAGCUGGGGAUUUAUAGCUUCGUUUGCUUCUGUGAAUAAGGAUACCUGUUGGCGUUAAUUUGGGGUAGUUUUCAUUUUAGAUUGUCUGUAUAGGAAGAGGGGAAAAGGAAGUUUAAUGGUAGCUCAAAAAAUGGGAUCUCAUGGGGGUGGCAGUAAUAACACUGGGUUGAGCCAAGCCCAAACCCAGACCCAAAUUCAGAGUCAUGACCCGAACCCGUUGGCUCGACAGGGAUCAAUGUAUAGCCUCACUCUUGAUGAGGUGCAGAACCAUUUGGGUGACUUGGGAAAGCCCCUUAGUAGUAUGAAUCUUGAUGAGCUUCUCAAGACUUUGUGGACUGCUGAGGCUAAUAAUCAGGCUGGUGAAGGAGGUGUUGAUGGCGGGCCUAACGUGCAGCUUCCGGGCCAAUCUGCGCCUGGGUUGUCGUUGAAUCAGCAAUCGAAUCUCAUGCUGUCAAUGGAUCUCAGCAAGAAGACUGUGGAUGAAGUGUGGCAGGACAUCCAGCAGGGGCAGAAAAGGAGCAGUCUUGAUAGGAAAACCACGCUUGGGGAGAUGACAUUGGAGGAUUUCUUGGUGAAGGCGGGGGUGGUCUCUGAGUCUGCUGGAGGGAAUAAGGUUUUAGGCUCUGUUGGUGAUGGUGGUGGGGCUGAUCUUACGGGGUUGCCUCAGCAGACCCAGUGGAUGAAUUAUCAGAUGUCUUCGAUGCAUCCUCAGCAGCAGCAGCAGGGCAUGCUGCCUGCUUUCAUGCCUAGUCAUCCAGUCCAACAGCCUAUUACUCUUGGUGGAAAUCCUAUCAUAGAUGCUGGUUACCCCGAUGCUCAAAUGACUAUGUGUUCAUCCCCUCUUUUGGGUACUUUAUCAGACACACAGACACCUGGGCGUAAAAGGGUUGCUCCUGAUGAUAUAGCUGAGAAAAGCGUUGAGAGGCGACAAAAGAGGAUGAUCAAAAAUAGGGAAUCUGCGGCCAGAUCACGAGCAAGAAAACAGGCUUACACUCAUGAACUGGAGAACAAGGUUUCCCGUUUGGAAGAGGAGAAUGAAAGACUCAAGAGACUGCAGGAAGUGGAGAAGGCGUUGCCGAGCAUACCACCACCGGAGCCAAAAUACCAGCUGCGUAGAACGAGCUCAGCUCUGGUGUGAGGAUUGUGUAAUAAUUAUAACAUAGUCAAUGUUGUUAGUUGUUUGGAGUUGAAGUAGUUGGAGGGAUGAGUCGCGGGGUAGAUUAGCAGUUGUGAGUUUCCCUCAUCUAACAUCCUUGGGCUGGCUGUCUCGUGCCCCAUUGAACCUUCAUGUCUCAUGUACAUUUUUAGUCUUAAAAAACUUUGCCAACUUUGUUAACUCUCGUAGUUUAUAACAUCAUGAAUUUUUAUCUA